GCAUCCACUCUUCUACUUUAUUCAGAUUCUCUCCUCAUGAAGGACAAGUAAUCAAAGGGCCAUGCUAAUAAAGAGAGAUAUUCCUUAUAUAAAAACUUCUCCCAUCUUUUCUUUCUCAAACAUCUCUUUCAGAGCUUUCAGUCUGCUAAAAUGGCAAAACAAAUAGGCCUUCUCAUUUGUCUCUUGAUCAUCAUAUUGGACGUUGCAGCAGGUAUUCUCGGCAUUGAAGCUGAAGUAGCUCAGAACAAGGUGAAACAUCUUAGGCUGUGGAUAUUCGAGUGUAGAGAUCCGAGCUUCCAGGCUUUCAAGCUCGGGUUGGCUGCUGCAGUGCUUCUUGCCCUCGCGCACGCCAUUGCCAACUUGUUUGGUGGCUGCACUUGCAUUUGGUCCAAGGAUGAACUGAAUAAAGCACCUCCCAACAAGCAACUAGCUGUGGCCUCCCUCGUUUUCUCAUGGAUUAUACUAGCCGUUGGAUUCUCGAUGCUGAUGAUAGGGACUUUAGAGAACUCGAAAUCAAGAAAAUCAUGUGGGCUAUCACACCAUCGUGUUCUAUCUAUAGGAGGGAUUUUGUGCUUCCUUCAUGGACUGUUUGCAGUUGCUUAUUGUGUUUCAGCCACUGCCAUUGGAGAUGAAGAGAGGAGGAUUCCACAGGGAACCCGUGUUUGAUGUUUUUUAUUUAUUUCCUAGUUUUGUUUCUCUGUUAAUCUCUCUAACUCCACACUCCACAGCUUCAAAAUACAAGCAAUCUUUAUCAUGUCACAUACCCCUCUCCAUAUAUCGCCAAUGUCGAUUUCUUUUUCUUGCCGCAUUGUGAUCCUGUAACGAUUUGUUUGAGACAUCGUCACAA